AGUGAAUAAAUUUUGAGAGAGGUGUUUGAUAAUUAUGAAUACUAUGUGAAACUUGAGAAGAAGUUGUUGUAUGACGAGAGAAAGUAAAAGAGGGUUUACAAAAUAAUUGAUUAACUUCGACACGACCAGGUUAGAGAAGAUCAUAUGAAUAAAAACUCUCUGAAAUUGAGGUUUUAUUUAAGAAAAGUACUAUUGACUAUGGUUUAAUGA